UACACCGGAAGUCGUCUAAAAUCGGUGCAGAGGAUGGAAGACGACAAACAAGAUCAAAUAAACACAAAUGAAGCUGACAUUACAAGAUUAAUAGCCAAAGACAAAACAGUGCUUGGCAAGGGAGGCCAUGUUCUCAGUGAUGGCCUUAAGAAAGGAGAAACAUCACCCCUGCACAAAGAGAAAUCUAUCUCAUCUGGGAAAGAUAUUGCUCAUUCUCGUGGACUCAAAAUCAUCAUUGGAUCCUCCGUGAUUUUUGCUGCUGUGAUUACGCUGGCAUUAGUUCUCUUCAUUUACCUCGGUAAACCUCAGGUUGGUGCAUCAGGAGCUGUAGCGUCAGAUGUCGGGGUCUGCUCUGAUCUUGGGCUGUCUGUGCUAGAGAGAGGAGGAAAUGCAGUUGAUGCCACGGUUACAACACUUCUCUGUACAGGGCUGGUCAACCCCCACAAGUCUGGAAUUGGGGGAGGUGGGAUUAUGCUGGUUCAUGAUCACAAGACAAAGAAAAGUGAAGUUAUAGAUUUUAUGGAGACGGCAACCUCUGCAGCUGACCCAGAUUUCUUCAAAGGAGACAGAUCUUUGCUUGAAAAGGGGGUACUUUCUGUUGGCAUACCAGGAGAGUUAAAAGGUUUGGAAGCUGCUCAUCAAAAGUAUGGAAAGUUGCCAUGGAGCUCUUUAGUUGACCCAGUUACUUCACUGGCUCGAGGAGGAUUCAGUGUCACAAAGUCUAUGGAUGAUCUGUUUAAAAGUGGGAAACUGAAGACCAGUGAUCUUAGUCCUCAUCUUCAGAAAUACUUUGUGAAAGACGGCAGUUUUGUGAAGCUCGGGAUGAAAAUUAUUCGCAUUGAUUUGGCUGAUAUCUUACAAGAGAUUUCAGAAAAGGGUUCCUUGGCUCUAUACAAUGGAAAAUACACCAGUGAAAUCACAGAUGUACUUAUAUCUGGGGUCACCCAAUGGAUGACAGCGGCCGACCUUAAACAGUAUGAAGUCAAGUACAGGGAUGUCGUCCAGACCACAUAUCAUGAGACUACUGUGAUGACAGUACCGGCUCCUGCUGCCGGCCCCUCUGUCCUGUCUGCUCUCAAUAUGCUUGAAGGUUACUCACUGACCCAGAACAACCCCGAGACAGUUCACAGGAUGUUAGAGGCUUUUAAGUUUGCCAGUGCCCAGCAGCAACUGUUAGGAGAUCCAGACUUCAGUAAGGAGAAGGUGAAAAAUGUCACUCAGACCAUGCUAGAUAAAACAGUGGCUGCUAAACACCAAAACCAGACGACCAACUUGACUCACCCUGACCCAGGUUUCUAUGGUGGCCUUGGAGUGACCUUGUCUGGUGCUGCUGAGGGUGGAGCCAGCCACAUCUCUGUCGUGGACGCCCAGGAACUCAUGGUCUCUGUUACCUCGUCUCUAAAUUCCUGGUUUGGGUCUGGAGUAAUGACAAAGUCAGGGAUCAUUCUGAAUAACCAGCUGGCAAACUUCCAGGUGCCCGACUCAUCCGGUGGCACCUUGAGUACCCAGCUGAACUACAUCGCUCCAGGGAAACGCCCUCUGUGCAGCAUGGCUCCCUCCAUCGUUGUUAACACCAAGGUGUCAUGUGCGCAGCGACUGAAUCUCGGAGCUACAGACGGAGAGUCCAUUCCAUCAGCCGUGGUUCAGACCGCUCUCAAUGUUCUCUCCUACAACAUGAACCUCACAGUGGCUGUUCAAGCCCCACGGGUCAGGGUCAGCCUCUCUCCAAAGAAGGUCGUCUAUGAAGAAAAAUUCAGCAAAGAAGUUGUGGAUAGUUUACAGGCCAGAGGACAUCAUCUUUUCAAAUCUACAGCUCCCCUAAACUAUGUACAGGGUGUGAAGAAAGUGAAGGACAAUGUCGAGGCUUACUCUGACAAGAGAGAUGGGGGCAGGGCGGCCCAGUUCUGAUGGUCGUAUAGUACUAACUGAGGGUGGAAUAGUACUUAAAUUGUGGUAUAGUUGGUACAUGUAUUUACCGGUAUGUCUCCUUGUCUGUCUCUAUGUUAAGAAUGACAAUGAAGGUGGAACUGUGUGAUAGCUAGAGAAAGUCAGUAUGACUGUCGUACAGGUGUUGUUUAGUGUUACGUAUGCCGAACUUAAGGUGGUAUGGGACAUAUUGGGAAGAAUUUCCGAUCGAAAUAAACAAUAAAAUCAAAUAUUAUGUUAUUAAUCUUUUCUCUCACAAAACUGUUACCUAAAAGCGUACUGGCGUGCGACCAGUUCUCGCUGAGUACCAUUUCUCGCCAGUACAUUGUGACGUCAUUUUAUCAACACAUAAAAUUAUAGACGAAAAAUGACGUCACAAUGUACUGGCGAGAAAUGGUACUCGGCGAGAACUGGUCGCACACCAGUAGUGCAAUGAGUUAGAGUGUUAACUACGAAUCUGUUAGUUGUGAGUUUGAAUCCUGCUGGGGCUUUUAUAAUUUUUACCUUUCUCAAUUUUUAAAAACUUAUUUUUAGUCAAAUAUGGUGAAAUUUGAAAAUACUGAAACAGUGAUAGUAUCUUCAUUAUUGUGUUUUUUUUAUCCACAUUCAUAUCGACUGGUGUCCCAUACCACCUUAACUGUUAUGUACAAUUGGUCACUAUUUUGUUUCGAGAGGGCAGGAUGAUCGUGGCCAUUUUUAGACUAUAUUGAUCUUCUAAAGAAGAAGAAUUAUGUUUAAAAAUAUAGAAAAAAGUUCAAAUAUUACUGAUAUAAAAAAUGUAAGAAAUUUUUCUAUACAUAAGAACAGCUUAAAAAUUUAUAUCACUUUAUUCAUUAAAAAAUUUUAAGAAAUUUAUUUCUAUCUACCGGGUAUUUAUAUCUAAUUUAUAUCUCUUAGCUGAUUGUAAUCAUUUUACAUUUUGUGCAAUGUGUUCAACAAUAAACCUCUCUAGUGGUUUGUUUUGUUAAUACCUGUAGCUGAACCUUUGAGAUUAUGGUACUGAUCUGGAAUUCUCAUUUUUAUGUUCUUUGUGAAUGCAGUUACAGGUUGUGUAGUUCUAUUUGUUUACAGGUGUAUAUUGUUUAUUUCGCUUUCUCCAUUGUUUUCUAUAGUCUGUCCCAAGAUAUUAAUGCACCACAUUUUGAUGUUUUUUGAUAAAAAUACACACCUGUGAAUUGAAAUUGAUGAAAGGAAAAAUUUUCAUGAUAUCUUCAUUGACUUAUUAUCAUUUUCCACACGAAAAAAUUCAUAGGAAGGAAAAAAGAUUUCUUACGGAGAUUUAUAAUGGGGAAUGUUUACAUCUUUUUUUCCAUUUGGAAGUCACCCAAAAUACCUCACAAUUUAUCAAUGUUAUCCUCUGGGUACUUUCAGUCUCUUGCAAUGGAAAUAGACUUUUUAUUUUUAGCCGUGUAUUGAAACCUAACAAGAUAGAGAGUACGUUUCAAAGGGGAAAUCUUCAGAUUUUUUCAUACAUUUUUUUUUUUAAUGAACAUUGUUUGAAUCCAGAGGUAUUGAUAAAUGUAGAACAAUUUAAGAAAAUGUGUAGCCCAAAUAUCUUGGGAUAGACUAUAGACAAACAAGUACCGGUAACAAUUUCAGAGUAGCACCAGUUAUCUUUAUACAAUAUUUUGAUAUUCCAUAUGUGUAUUAGUGGGCUUUUACAUGGAUAUAUUUAUUCAAAUUUAAUAGAAUUAAGUAUGACAUAUUAUGCCUACAUUCCUGUUCAGAUUCCAACAUUCUGCAAUGAAUUGAAUUAAUGUUAGUGAGGCUGUGCUCUGAAUUAUAUACAUGGGGUAUUUUCUCUUUAUUGUUGUACCAUUGGGAAUCUUGUUCUUUCAUUAUAUAUCUUUAUUGUCAUGAUUUUAUGCUGCAAUUUUUUUCAUUAUACAUGUCUUUCUUUUGUGGUUUGUUUCAUGUCUUGCAUAUCAUUUUUUGGACAUAUUUGCUCCUAGAGUUAUUCCCCUUUUUCUGCAUUGUGAUGAAGGAUCUGUGGACCAGAUAUCAUUUUAUUUAUUAACAAAGGAAUUGAAAUUUGUUAUGAUUUAUAUAUACAUGUAAGCAAUAAAUGUUAAUAUAAAAUUG